AUGAAGAGUGUGAUGAAUGAUGAAGAGCAGAAGAAAAGACACAUACAAAACCAAACAGAUGAUGUUUCUCCUCAUCUUCCAGAGGAAUUGGUACUGGAAAAUAUUGCCACCAGAUUAUCAGCUCGGGAUCUAUCUGGAUUGAUUACCGUCAGUAAGUUAUGGUACAAUUCAAUUGAAAAUGAUAGGGGAUUUGCUAUGUCUCACUUUGUUAAUCAUGAGAAUAACAAAAAUCUAUGUUUUAAUCUCCAUAAUGUGACAUACGAAACUGAUCAUCCUAAUAUGAUAAGAAGUUACUUUUUCAAUUUAGAAAAGGAUAGUGAUAAUAGUCAUUUUUAUGAUUUUGAAUUAUCAUCGGUAUUAGGUUCAGCAGGUUCAGUUGAACCAGUAGGAAAUUGUAAUGGUUUAUCUUGUGUUAAGCGUCCGAGUGCAGAUGGUUUUGAAGAAAUUUUUAUCACUAAUCCGGUUCGGGGUGAGACCCUUAUCUUCACCUGUUUAACUCCUGAAAUUGGGGGAGUAGGGGGAUCAUUAGAAUAUUUGUGUCAUGGUUUUGGGUUUGAUUCGUCGUCACAAGAGUAUAAGGUUGUAGUUACUUAUACGACUUCAACAGCAGAUAAUGGUCAGGGUUUUAUUUGUAUGGUUGUCACUUUGGGAGCUACAUCGUGGAGAAAAAUAGUUAUUAGUACUUCUGAAAUCUCACCACCGCCAGGUUGUUCUCCUUUUCCAAGUCAAAUGGUGACAAGAAUGUGGAAAGACACUCAUAGAUCAGCCACUAUUUGUGCAGGUGAUCUUUUAUGGAGGAUAACCAAUACUGCUAAUGAUGGUUAUAAGACUGAAAUGUUGCUCUUGUUCGACAUUCAUAACGAAAAAAUUCAGUUCCUUCAACUCCCAACUGAAUGUACUUCUCUGGUCCCAACAAUGAAUGAGAAUGAUUGUUUAGAAAUUGGUCAUCAUCUACUGGAGUUUAAAGGAUAUCCUUGUGUUGCGCGUUCUGAGAAGAUAAUGAUAACUGAGAGAGUAAUUCCUGACAAUGAGUACACUGAAUUUCAUUAUUUUCGUUUUAAGGUUCAUUUGUAUAUAUUGAAGGACAGGUUCCAGCAAAUAUGGGUAGAGGAUGAGACUUUCGAUGUUAGAAUGAAGGAGGAACGCAAAUAUGAAUUUCAAGAUCCCUUCAGUCGGUACUUUGACUUCAGUUUCGGUAAUAAUAUUAGUACCCACCCUACAUGUAUACUCGGUUUCUCUGAUCAGGUGAUAUUGUAUUGGUUCGACGGGGGAUGUCUUAUAUUCUACAAUUUGCUAAUGAAACAUUAUAACGUGGUAAAAGGAAACCGGUCCUGUAUUGAGCAAAAUCGUGAUAUUUUUGAAGCUAAGAUGGUAGGGAUCACCCCAGACACAGAGCCUGAGAUUGAUGGUUAUGAUAUUGAUAUCCUUUUUCCUGUAGAUGGUUAUGGUGAUAUUCAUUGCCCCUGCAUUGAUUAUCAGCUGCACGCACAAGUGGAAAACAUCAUUUCGCUGAAAACCUUCAUUCCUGAAGGAGGAGAAGUUGGUGAAUUUGAUUGUUACAAUGAAUUUCAACAGUUUGUAACGGACACAGGAAGAAAAACAGCAAUAUGGUAUGUUCUCAUGUAG